AUGUCAUUGAAUAAUAAUAAUAGUAAUAAUUAUGAAAGUGAUAAUGAUGAAGAUGAGGAUGAAGAUGAAGAAAAUUUAUUAUUCAAAGAUUUUCAAUCAAUAGAAAGAAGAGGAAAUAAAAAAAUAAAUUAUAAUAAUAAUAAUAAUAAUAAUAGUAAUAAUAAUAAUAAUAAUAAUAAUAAUAAUAAUAAUAAUAAUAAUAAUAAUAAUAAUAAUAAUAAUAAUAAAAAUAAUGAUAUUAAAAAUAUUAAAAAUAAUAAAAUUACAAAUAAAAAUAAUUAUAAUAAUAAAAAUUUUAUUUCAAAAUUAUCUAUUAUAAAUAAUAAUAAAUUUAAAAAAAUUAAAAAUAUUAUUUUACAAAAAAAAAAUUUUAAAAAUUUAAUAAUAAUAAUUCUAUCAUUAUUCUUUAUUUUAUUUUUAUUUUAUAUAAUAAUAACUUUUUCAAUUAAUAAUAAAAUUUAUAAUUAUACAAAUAAUAAAAUAAUAAAUAAUAAAAAUGAUAUUAUAAAUCAAUAUUGUAUAAAUUUUUUAAAUAAUAAUAAUAAUAAUAAUAAUAAUAAUAAAGGAGAAGGAGAAGAAAAAAAAGAGGAAGAAGAAGAUGAUGAUGAUGAAAAAUGUAGUUUUGAUUUAAAUUCACCAGAUUAUUCAUGUACACCAAUAUCAAAGAAUAGAGUUAUAAAUUUUAAUUAUUCAAGUAAUUAUGAAGAAAGAGUUGUUAAUUGGAAUAAACCAAUAGUAUCAGUUAUUGUACCAUUUUUAAAUACAGAUCCUCAACAAUUUAAUGAAUGUAUGGAGAGUAUAUUAAUUAGACAAUCAUUUAAAUUGAUUGAAGUUAUAUUAAUUGAUGAUGGAUCAACCAAUGAUAAAUCAAUAAAAUCAUAUAGAGAAUGGUUGAAACGUGAACCAAUUAGAUUUAGAGUAAUUGUUAAUCCAUUCAAUUUAGGGUUACCUCAUUCAAGGAAUAUUGGAGUUUACAAUUCUCGUGGAGAUUAUAUAUUCUUUUUCGAUUCUGAUGAUAUUUUAGAACCAACAGCAUUAGAGAAAAUGGUUUGGAAAUUAAAUACAUCCUCUCAUAUUCAAUUCACUAAAGGUUAUUUAGUUGGCUUUGGUCAUACUCAAUAUAUUUGGUUAAAAGGUUUUGAACAAGCUGAUAAAUUCUUAAUAGAAAAUCAAGUUACAAUUUCAAUAAUGUAUAAACGUUCAAUGUUUGGUAAUAAAUUACAAAUAAAUCAAUCUUUUCAAGUUGAUGAUUAUAGUUAUGGUGGUAGUGAUGGUGAUGGUGAAUACUUUCAUUAUCCAAAAGAAUUAUUAGAAUUUCAAUAUGAUUCAAAUAUUAGAGAUGGAAUGGAAGAUUGGGAUUUUCAUUUAAAAUGUGCAUCAGCUGGAUAUUGGGGUGAAACCAUACCAGAAAUAUUAGAAUGGUAUAGAAGAAAAGAUAAGAAAACUAUGGAAAAGAAUUGGAAAAAUACAUUAACUUCAAAGAGAGAAAAGUUUUUAAAUGAUUUAAAAUUAAAAUAUUCAAAAUUAUAUAACAUUGGUGGUGGUGGUGGUGGUAAUGAUAAUCAAUAUAAAAGUUUCCCAAAUCCAAUUAGAAAUGAAAAUGAAGAUAGUUUUAAAAUUAAUUUUAAUUUUAUUGGUGGUAGUAGUGGUGGUAGUGGUGGUAGUUGUAAUGAAAUUAAGAAUCCAUUAAUAAAGAAAUCAUCAACACCAAGAAUUUUAUUAAUAUUACCAUGGUUAAAUACUGGUGGUGCUGAUAAAUUCAAUUUAAAUCUUUGUAAACAAUUGGUUGAAAAAGGUUGGGAAAUUACAAUUGUAACCACAAUUGAAUCUGAUAAUAAAUGGUUAUCAAGGUUUCAACUUUAUACACCUGACAUUUUCUUAUUCAAUGAAAAGUUUCUACCAUAUUCAUCUUAUCCUUCAUUUAUAAAUUAUUUAAUUGAUUCAAGAAAUAUCGAUGUUUUAUUCAUUUCAAAUAGUGAAUUUGGUUAUUAUUUAUUACCAUUUAUAAAAUCAAAUAAAUAUAACAAAGACAAUUUAAUAAUAGUCGAUUAUAAUCAUAUGGAAGAAGAAUAUUGGAGAAAUGGUGGCCAUCCAAGACAAUCAAUUGGAAUGAGUCAGUUUAUAGAUUUACAUUUAGUUUCUUCAAAUCAUUUAAAGAAUUGGAUGUUGGCCAAGAGUAAUCAAAUCAUUGAUGAAAAUAAGAUAUUGGUUACCUAUAUAAACGUUGAUAUGGAUGAAUUUAAAAAGAGUGAAUCAAGUAGACAUGAAAUUAGAAAAUCAUAUGAUAUAACAGAUAAAGAGAUUGUUAUAUUGUAUGCUGCAAGAUUAACCAAUCAAAAAAAACCAUUAGAAGCUUGUGAAAUUAUUAAAGAAUUAAAAGAAUCAUUAUUAAAUGAUUUUGAAAAUCAAAAUCAAAAUCAAAAUCAAAAUCAAAAUCAAAAUCAAAAUCAAAAUCAAAAUCAAAAUCAAAAUCAAAAUCAAUUAUUUAAAGUUUUAUUUGUUGGUGAUGGUUAUUUGAAAAGUAAGGUUGAAUUAUAUGUUAAGCAGAAUGGAUUAUCAGAUGUAAUUAAAUUAUUAGGUGAUGUACCAACUCAAGAUAUGAAAUCAAUUAUCUCUGCAUGUGAUAUAGUUUUCUUGCCAAGUCAAUUCGAAGGUGUUUCUAUGAUUUUCUAUGAAUCAAUGUCAAUUGGUUUAGUACCUGUUGGUAGUAAUGUUGGUGGUCAAAGUGAAUUGGUUACAUCUGAUUGUGGUUUCUUGGUUGAUAUUACUGAUAUUGGUGGCGGUAAUGAUAUUGACCCUUUGGAAUUCACCAAUAAAUUUGUACAAGUUUUAAAACAAUUAAUUAAGAAUCCAAAGAAAAUUGCUUCAAUGGCUUCAAAAUGUAAAAAAAGGAUUAAAUCAAAAUUUCAAUUACAUAAAAUGGGUGGUGAUAUGAUUUCAAAUUUUUGUAACACUAUAAAGAAAAAAAAUAAUCAACAACCACAACAACAACAAAAACAACUGCAACAACAACAAACACUUCAAUUAAAUGAUGGUGGUUUAUUUAACCAAGAGUUUUUAAUUCAAGCUAUUGAAUAUUUAAAGCUAACAAACCAAUUUGAAAAGAAAAAAAAUGAUUUUAAUCAAUUAUAUUCAUUACAGUCAGAGUUGGCCAAUUUAAAAAGGGAAAUCAAAAAAUUGGAACUAAAACAAAAAUAA